CGUCCAGCCCGCGAGUAUAGCCUAUCUUAUAGUCUAGACGGCCAGCCAGACAGGCGGGCCAGAGGAGCCGGAUUUCCUCGCUCCUCGAGACGACGACAGUUUCUGUCUCCUUCGGAAUCGAGGCUCGUUCAUCCGCGAAGAGAAAUAUAACCAUUUGGUCUCGGGCGCGCGGGUUACGUAAAAAAUGCCACUGCCAUGGAUUUAACCUAAGCGCGAAAAUCGCCAUCUCCGGAUAUCGAGAGUUCGCAGAAGAGGAGGAUAUCGCAACGAAGGUAAUAUCUACAUCAUUCAGAGAUAAGGAAAGUGUUGGCGAUUUUCUCGAGAUCCGUGCAUGCAUCGCGUUCGAGGAGGGGGAGAAAUCGCGAAAACGGACAAAAGUUUGCAGCAAGUGCGCGCGAUAUAUUGCGACGGGAAAGUGUGCGUGCGAAAGAGAGAGAGGGGAGACGUCCACUCGAACUACUCGAAGCAGCAGCGCAGCGAAGUAUACCUAAAUAAUAAGUGGCACAGUCUUUGUCUUUUGAGCUCGGCCGUGCAGAUUCGUUAUCGGGCGAGAGAUUAUUGCCGUAACGUUUACCUAUACGCGAAUUGUCGGCUCCUCUCUUUUGAAAAAGCAUCGUAAGGAGAAAGAUCCGAGGCAGAGAUAAUAGUGCGAAUAAUCUGCGCGACCAAGUACAGAGCAGCCGUGGCGCGCGCGCAGGGCGAAACAUGAGCGCGGCUUCGUUGGUAGGCGUGCGACUUAACCUGUCAAGUUUUGGUGAGCCAGCAGGAGCAGGAGCAGCUCGCCGUCGUCGAGGAGCCGAGUAGUGCGCGCUGUACCUACACUACUCGUCCGCCCCCCGGAGGAGAAAGAAGUAAGAGAGAGGGAGAGAUACCUAUACCUAUAGACGGACAAGCGGCUCACUGCGAGUGCUGCAUCUCGACGCUAUACCCGAGGGAGAGAGAGAUAGAGAGAUAGAGAGAUAGAGAGAGAGAGAGAGAGAGAGAGAGAGAGAGAGUGAGACGAGUGCUGAGCGUGCCCACGCGUUGUUCCCUAAACUACUUCUCUUCUCCUUGCGCAGGCCUCCCCCGAGUGUCUGCGAGCAACGAAACCUAGCCCCCGUCGCAGUCGUCUCGAGUUUCGCGAGUGCGAGCCUAUAUCCUAUCUCUAGUGCAUGUGUGUGUGCGAGUGCGCGCGCUACUCGUUAGAUUGCUGGUUACUGUACACUCUCGAAGACGAGGCCGACCGGAGAAACGACGAUUCUGCCGCACUGCACGAGAAGAGGACGCUCUCGGUUGCAGUCAGGCGGUCUUAUGCGCCGGUGAAAGUCACUCGCCAGGAUAUACUUUUAGAGAAGAGUCGAGUAUAAUACAAACUGAUAUAGAGCAAUAUCUCAAGAUGUCAGGGUAUCGAAGUAGUCACAGCAGCAACCAGGGUCCACCUGGUCUCAAACAAAUCGAUCUUGAUCAAAUUUGGGGAGAUCUUAAAGAAGGCAUUGAGCAAGUUUACAAUAGGCAGUGCAUGUCCAAGCCUAGAUAUAUUGAAUUAUACACGCAUGUUUAUAACUAUUGCACGAGUGUGCACCAACAAAUAAACUCAAGCAGGCAAAGCUCAAAAAGUAAAAAGGGUCAAAUAACUGGAGGUGCCCAACUAGUUGGGCUAGAGCUUUACAAGCGACUGCGUGAAUUUCUUCGAAAUUAUCUUAUUUCUUUACUCAAGCAAGGAAUUGAUCUUAUGGAUGAAGAUGUACUACAGUUUUAUACAAGACAAUGGGAGGAAUAUCAGUUUAGUAGUAAAGUAUUAAACGGUGUAUGCGCAUACCUGAAUCGUCACUGGGUACGCCGAGAAUGCGAAGAAGGUCGCAAAGGAAUCUAUGAAAUUUAUCAAUUAGCAUUGGUGACAUGGAGGGAUAAUUUGUUUAAACACCUCAAUAGACAGGUUACCAAUGCUGUCUUGAAACUGAUCGAGAGAGAAAGAAAUGGAGAAACAAUAAACACACGAUUAGUUAGUGGAGUUAUCAAUUGUUAUGUAGAACUAGGCCUAAAUGAAGAAGAUCCAGGUGCCAAGGGACAAACCCUUACCGUGUACAAAAAUUCAUUUGAAAAUCUAUUCUUGGAAGAUACGGAAAGGUUUUACACUCGCGAAAGUUCGGAAUUCCUCCGUCAUAAUCCUGUUACGGAAUACAUGAAAAAGGUGGAUCAUAGGUUACAAGAAGAGCAGAAACGUGUCCAAGUUUACCUGCACAUAACUACGCACGAAAGAUUAGCAAAAACGUGCGAAAGAGUACUCAUAGAAAAACACCUGGACAUUUUCCAUGCAGAGUUCCAAAAUUUGUUGGAUUCUGAUAAAAACUCUGAUUUGGGUACAAUGUACAAAUUAGUUGCAAGAAUACCAAAUGGUCUUGGUGAAUUGAGAAAUCUUUUGGAAAGUCACAUAGCCAACCAAGGUCUUGCAGCUAUUGACAAGUGUGGUGACUCUGCAGUUAAUGAUCCUAAGAUUUACGUUAACACGAUUUUGGAAGUUCACAAGAAAUAUAAUAAAUUAGUACUCGUUUCAUUUAGCAAUGAUAGCGGUUUUGUAGCAGCCUUAGAUAAGGCUUGUGGCAGAUUUAUCAACACUAAUUCUGUAACUAAGGCAGCAAACAGUAGUAGUAAGUCUCCAGAAUUGUUAGCUAAAUACUGUGAUGUACUGCUUAAGAAGAGCAGUAAGAAUCCUGAAGAAGCAGAACUCGAAGAUACGCUUAACCAAGUUAUGGUUGUGUUUAAAUACAUAGAAGACAAAGACGUGUACCAAAAAUUCUACAGCAAAAUGCUUGCAAAGAGAUUGGUGCAACACAUGUCUGCUAGUGAUGAUGCUGAAGCUUCCAUGAUAUCGAAACUAAAGCAGGCUUGUGGUUUCGAGUAUACUUCUAAACUUCAGCGAAUGUUCCAGGAUAUUGGAGUAUCAAAAGACUUGAAUGAACAUUUUCGAAGACAUCUUACGAAUUCGGCGGAACCUUUGGAUAUAGAUUUCAGUAUACAAGUUUUAUCGUCAGGUUCAUGGCCAUUCCAACAAUCCUUUACAUUUUCAUUACCAACGGAGCUGGAAAGAUCAGUUCACAGAUUCACAUCCUUCUACAGUUCUCAACACAGUGGGAGAAAGUUAAACUGGUUGUACAACAUGUCUAAGGGUGAACUACAUACUAACUGUUUUAAAAAUCGCUAUACAUUGCAAGCAUCAACCUUCCAAAUGGCAGUCCUACUGCAAUAUAAUACCUCAACAUCAUGGACAAUACAGCAGUUACACGAGUCUACACAAAUUAAAAUGGACUUCCUCUUACAAGUAAUUCAAAUUCUACUCAAAGCAAAGUUACUUGUAACCAGUGAUGAUGAGUCUGAGCUUGGACCUACUUCAACAGUAGAUCUUUUUACUGGUUAUAAAAAUAAAAAAUUAAGAGUAAAUAUCAACAUACCAAUGAAGACGGAGCUUAAAAUAGAACAGGAGACGACACACAAACACAUAGAGGAAGAUCGAAAGCUCCUUAUUCAAGCAGCUAUUGUCAGAAUCAUGAAAAUGCGUAAAGUUUUAAAGCAUCAACAACUUGUUGCAGAAGUUCUGAACCAACUGAGUAUCAGGUUCAAACCCCGAGUGCAUGUCAUAAAGAAAUGUAUAGAUAUUUUGAUUGAAAAGGAGUAUCUGGAGCGAACGAAAAGCCAGAAUAAUACAUAUAGCUAUCUAGCGUAAUCUUGAUUCGGGAAUGCGAUUCAAAAGUCAAGAGGCGAAUAUGAUCAUACUCUUCAAUUGUUACACACGCGUUUCGAAAUAUUUAUUUACAUCGCUGAUUUGAUAUCCUACUAAUGAUGCCUUUGUGCCGUGUUAUCCCUCUGGUCGCAUUUAGAACUGGUUUUUAUAAUACGUUAUGAUAAAAUUACUUCAUAGUCACGUCGUUAGGUGCGUUAAAUUAUUUUUUUGUGGUGCACAAGUAACGAUCUCCGAUUAUGUACAUCUAUUAAUCUAACAGAACUCGUAAUUUAGAAAUACUUGACUUGUGCUUUAAGAUUAUCACUUUUCUUUUAUAUUGCCAAAAUAGUAAAAAUAUACCUUUUAAUGCUAAUUUUUAAAUUAUCGAUAUAUAACUUCGUUAAAUCAUUUUAUAAUGAGAAUUUUUAUUUGUAAGAUUUAAAAAAAGAUAAAUUCCGUUUUGAGACGUGCGAAAUGAAAAGAAAUCGACGUGACUCUAAGGCUGUAAUUAAUGUAUAAAGUCUCAUUUGAAAGAAAACUUUAUUGUCUAUUCUUACAUUUAUAAUCCAAAACUUAUCUUAGGUAGUAAUGUAAUUUAUGACAUAAAUGUUGGAAAGUAAGCGAAUUAAAUUUUCAAAAAAAUUUUUUUAAUUUCAUUGUCUUUGUGUAUUUUUUCUUUAAAACUCACUCUUAUCAACAGAAUAGCAUUUUAAGAAGGGAAAAUAAAGUACGAAAAAGCUAUUAUUGUUAAAGAAUAAAAACGAUUUAGUUUCUCCAAGAAUGUGAAACAAGUCAAAAAUCUUAAAAUUGUACAAUACCAAAAGUUGUUGUUGCUUGGUGUUGUAAUACUAAUAGUUGUAAAAAUCCUUUUUUGGCAAGUGCAUAGCUAGGAUCUUGACAUUUUCUCAUACAUUGUUUACUACCGCUAAUUAAGAACGCUAGACAAUAAGUGGGCGGGUCUCGACUGUCCUUUAUAAUCCCUUCUUUUAGUGCGAGUUAGCAAUUUCAUUAGCGUACAAAUUGCAGUAAUAAUUUUCGGUAUAAAACUAACAUUUAAAUAAUAACAAGCUAACGUAUGUUUGAUAGCAUGAAAAAAGAAAAUAUGCACCUUAUCUGAUUGCAUAUAUGCGAAUAAUAUUGAAUUUUAGAAUAAGGAUGAAGUUUAUUGAUCGUUCUUAGGAAUUUACUUUGAACAAACUAUUUUUUCCAUAACGAUUCUUAGCUUAUAAAGUGAGGUAAAUACUUUCUGCUGUAAAAAAGUAUAAGUCGUACGUAACGUAAAAUUUCUUCGACCAUACAUCGUGUAUAAAAACAGAAUAUAAAAGUAAAUAGAAGAUUUGUGAAUUUUCGGUGUGUGCAAGUGUGGGACUAUACAAACGAAAAAAAAUAGUGCAGUAUAUAAUUUUGGCUCAUAUUAUACGAGAACCGACAACAAAAAUACUGAAAAGACCAAAAGUCUGAGACGAAUGAGCACGUAAUAGUGAUUUUGAUCGUUACUAAUCAAAUUAUAUCGAAAAAUCGUAUCAGUCACUUCGAAGUAAGAAAUAAUUUUUUGAUGUCCGUAAAGAGUAAAAUUUUUUGCGUAUUUUACUAAAGAGAGAGAGAGAGAGAGAGAGAAAAAUUUAUCGUCGCUUCAAGAUAACGAGAAAAACGAAGAAAGCAAGAGAAGUUGAAAUAUAAGAAUCAUGGGAUAAAAAGUAUAAUGCUUCUGACGACUGCGCAGUUAUUAUUGGCUUACGGCGGAAUAUUUUAAAUAAUAUCUAAUCGUGAUAACUUCGAAAGAAAAAAAACUAUCUAGCCGACUCUUCGCCAAUAGUACCUGCCUUUUUUCUUGUGCGAGAUCGGUAUGAUAUCACGUGUAAUAACAAAAAAUCACACUGUACGGACUGACGAUUCCAGGCGAGCUCACACACUGCUAAAGCCAACGUUUUUUUCGUUGUAAAAGAAACGACAAAAAACAAGUUAUGGCGACGUUUCGUUACAUCUAAAACUGCGUUUUGUGCUCAUGCACUCACAAGGGAUUUCAUUAUUAAUUUCGAAUGAACAUACACAAAACCACAAUUGAAUUGUUUUAUAACAAUGUUAUUCUUUGUCAGAGUAUGCGCACGUAUCCAAGUCCGAUCAAAGACGAAAAGCUUUAUUAUGCACGCUAGCGUACGAGUGACAAAAGUUAUAUAAAUAAUAACUGAAAGCGAUUUAGAGAGAAAGCGAUCGAGCUCUCGCGCAAGUGUGUGUGUGUGAGAGAGAGAGAGAGAGAGAGAGAGAGCGAGAGAGCGAGAGACUUAUGUUCUUAUUCGUGAGAAAUUGAUAGCCUUCGUAAGUAUAAUGAAAAAAAAAUUCAUCUUAUAGUGAAUAGCAGCAGUAGCAGCUAAUCCGUUUUUGUACUCUCUGUGUCAACGAGGCGCCUGUUGCUGUCCGGCAAAAUUCGAUUAUAGGCUACGGGUGCCGUCCGCUGCUUUCCGUAUAUUACAUGUAUACAAGUAUAACGAGAGGUUUGCGUUUCGUUCAUAUACUUAUGAAUAUAAAUAUUAUUGCAAGCUUGACGGUUCUGAGUUUUUGUACGCGACGAACGACUUCGAUUGGCAUUUCAUGGCCAACGGAACUUCUGUGUUAUUUAAAAAAAGAUGCUGCAUUGAUCGAUCGACACUCAACGAUACCAUGAUGUGAAAUAUAUGUGCUUGCAAACAGUGAAUGGUUCGACGCAACUGAUGCUACUGUUCUUUUGUACAUACAGUGCGUUGCGAUUUUAUUGUUACUUUUUUUGUUUCUUGCACAAAAAAGAUAAAAACGUAUGUAAAUAAACCUUAAAGUCAUUUCAAACGGUA